AUGGCCGACGAUAAUGAUGGGGCUGAUGCUCUUAUUGCGCUGGCCAGAGAGAAGCCCAGGGAGAUGGCUCAUGAUGUUUUGACAGGUAUUGAACCGAAGAAGGAGAAGCAUUAUGUCCGAAACCUGAGUUGUCGUGGCAAGAAGCUUGACAGCAACCAGCAAGCAAUGCCUCCUCUAACCAAGACUAAGAAGAGAGAGCCCAAGAAGACAGUCGAGGCGGAGUAG